AUGUCGAUUCUAAAUUAUAACGAAGAUGAUUCUUCCUAUUCAUAUUAUUCAUAUUCAGCAUCGGAUGAUGAUAAGGACAAGGAAGACUCAAGCAGUGAUUUGUUUAGCGAUGACGAAGUCGAAGAUAAAAAGAAAAAACCGGCUCCUGACCAACCAAAAGAAGAAAAGAAAGAAACUAAAGAGGAAAUACCAGAUAAUGAUGGGUAUGGCGGUAUUAUGUUUAAUACAAAAUCUCCAGCGCAACCAUCUUUUAAAUUGAUUGCAAGCGACAGUGAAUCAUCAUCAGAUUCUGAUAUACCAUUCACAAAACGGUUCAUUCAACAGAAAGAGAGCGAUAACAAAGAAUCUAAAGCGAAAGAUAAAAAAGAAAAUAAGAAAUCAGACAAAUCAGAUGAAAAGAAACAUGAGAAAAUACACGAGCCACCCAAACAACCUGAACAAAUUACUCCGAUUAACCAAAAACCACCAGAACAACCUAAAGCAGAUGAAUCGAAAAUUAAACCAGUACAAGUUCCAUUAUCUAAAUCAAAUAGUAAUACGAAAUCCACAUCAAGUUCGUCAGACCUAGUAUUCCCUCCUCCAGUUGAAGAACUUCCUGGAGAUAAACCAUCAAAAUCUCAUUCUUCAACAGAAGGCCAUUCUGAUGAAAUGAAGAUCGGAUUACCACCUCCUAUCGAAGAGCUACCAGGGGAAGGCCAACAAAACAAAGAUGACGAAGAUUCAGAAGAUCUCUUCCCAGAAGGCAUUGAACAGGCUCCAGAGGUUGAAAACCCUCAGUUCAUGGAAGGAGUUACCCAGCAAGCCGACGCCGACUUCGAUGAUAACAUUCAUCUCUUCUCAGAUAUUUCGGACUCAGAUGACGACAUUAACAACUACAAUGUAACGAAACCAGCACCUCUAGCAAAGACUACAUUAGAUACCCGUAGGCAAAUAGCUCCUUCUGGCUCUCUUCCGAUUUUUGGACUCAAUAAUACUUUACCUGUUAAUAAAUUCGCACAGCCAUUCAUUCCACCAGAAGCUCAGCCAAGAGCUGUUAACUGGUUGGAGUUCCAACUCCAGGAUAUUCCUAAUUACGAUCCUUCCCCUUAUGAUAAGAUGUUAACUACGGAAUUUACUACUGAAUCACUCCUUGCAUACGCUAAGCAGUAA